UUAGAAUUGCGAUCUGGGAAAAUUUAAAGUACAAUCUAUCUCAUAAAACUUACUGAUAAUCGUAAAUAGUAUUAUCAAUUUAAUUGUUUAAAUAACAUUUUCAUGUAAUAUAAAAAAUUAUAUUACAUUGAAUUAAUUACUAUACAUUUUACUAUAAUUUAGUAUUCCUUAAGUGUGGUAAAAAAACGCAGUAAAGUGAAAAGUUAUGUGAAUUAAUUAAUAAACUUCAUGAAAAUAUUUAGUUUCCUGUCGCGUUUUAUUCCUAACCGUAUUAUAAGUGUAAGUUAAAAAACCGUAACAAAAAACGUAAAAUAAAAAAGACUCAGUAUUGAUUGAGGUUCAUUGUUGCUUUUAGAUAAAUAAAUCCAAAAUGGAUAUUCUUCGUCAAUUUCAAAGUAUACCGUGGUGCAAACCAGACUGGUGCUAUCCAAGUAUGGGUAAAGAGAUGAAUGAUUUACUCAAACAGUGCAUUGAUUUGCCUCAAAUAAAAGUAAACGAUGAUGUUGAUCAAAUAAUACAGAAAAGCCAGGCAUUUCCUAUACCAUUUCCAGUUAAUAAAACCAGAUUAGAACCAUUGAGGGAAAGAAAACCAAUUGAGAGGUUAAAAAGAAACAUUGUGUCAACAUAUCCAAUAAUUCAUGAACGAGUUCUGUUAUUGAUCACUCAUUUUCUUAUCUAUAAGAGGGAAUUUGGAUCUUCUAUAGAGAAAACAUUGUAUUGUAAUAUGACCGUGCCUGAGUUUAUUGAUAGACUGUUGAAGAAGCGCGCCGUUACAUUUAUGACUAAAAAGGACACAUAUAAACUGUUGACGGGAGAGACUGGAAACGGUGGUUGGGAACAAGUAGGUACACUGCAGCAAAAGCCACCACUAGAGUUAGAGAACUGUUUGAGUUAUGAUGAAAUUAAAAUAAGUGCAAUGGUCUAUGUUAGUGGAUACACCGAGUGUAUUAAUGAUGGAAAUCGGUACAAUCAGGCAAUUAUUAAUGAGAAAAAUGUAGAAGAGGACGCUGUAAUUAUUGGUCUCAUAGGCCCUCGAUUCGAUCGACCAGAAAGAAUGGAGUACGAAGAUAUAUUAAUAACUGAACAACAGAAUACGUCAGAAAAUGGAUAUGGUGAAGAGGUGACACCGACGACUUGUCUCAACGUACUUAAAACAACAUAUGUGAAGAACAACCAGUCAGCUAAACAUAUGUGGAGGCAGAUUUGGUCCGAGUUCUAUCAGGUUCACAGCUACACCUACCAGGAGCUGACCUCAUACGUCAAUAUUACAGACAAACCCGAAGAUAAAAAAUAUCUUGAACGUUAUGUUAAGACAUCUCGGGGUAUUUUUGACAAUGAGGUAUACUACAAGCGGGUCAGUGUGUUAGCCGAGAGCUCCUUGUUUGAGGCCGAAUGGAGAGGUCGAGAUGCGGAUCGAAUGGCGUUUUUAAAUGUUAUUGGAUGUGGUCUAGGCGUUUGGAAGAUGAGUCCGCACCAGAAUGACGUUUAUAUUUUGACAUUUUUGGAGAGAAUACGUGCAUUUUUGAAGAAGGAUUUACUAAAUCACGUCUCAGAUGUUAAUUUUUCAUAUAUUAAACCUAGUAAGCCGAUAUUAGAUCUAUUCAGUAACAAAUCGUCCCCGGGUGACUCACCAACAGAGAAACGGAUAUUCUUUGAAUGCAAGCGGCAUCCAAGCGGCGGCAUAAAUGUGCAAUUAGAACAGCGUGAGCCAUCCGCCAAGUUGAAAGGCGAACACGAGGGCAAACUGCUAGUUAUGACCUACCCUUGGGAUGGGAAUGCUCAUCCUGGGAACGAAUUCUGGUUAGGCAACCUACAAGGGUCAGGCGAUCCUGCUGCAGCGUGCUCAACCCAAAUAGCAGAACUACACAAUGCCCACAUAAAUCCCGCGGUGUCAGGCCUUAACACACGUGUAGUUGGCAGGCAUGGCUUGAAAACGUUAUCAGAAUAUUGUGCUGACUUAACUACUUAGAAAAAUAGCAAUAGCAGUGAUUUAGGUAAAAUCACAUAUUGUUGUUUCGAGGAGUUUUGGCUUAAACACAGUUAUUUUACGUUUUAACAGUUUCAAAGGUUAUAUAGCUAAUAAACAUGAAUUAACGAUUAAUUAAUGGAUGUUACAUAUUUUUACGUAAAACUUAGAAUCGUAUAGUCUAUAAUUAUUUACAUUUAAUGAUGUAAUGAAGUUAGAAGCAAAAUAGAUGGUUGAUUACUUAACUACAUUUUUUUUAAAUUUUUGGUCGAAAAUAAAUUUCGCGAUAUUAAUAUUUUUAUUUCUCUUUCGUUACAUAACACUGAAUUGAAACUUGAACAUGGAGGUUUUUUACAUUGCCAUUCCUCUCUUUGGUUGUAGACAAUAAUGAAAGACGCUUUGACAGCGGAAUGUGACGGUGAGCAAUUCUCUGUCUAUGAUCUAUGAAUUAUCAAAGACAAUCUUAUCUAUGGUGUUCUUUUUUUCAUUGUGUUAUUAAUAUGAAUACUAUCGAUAAUUUGCAUAUUAGUUAUAAAAUAAGCCUAAAUUGCCUAUCACUUGUAGUGAUUAUUCGCACUAAAGCAAGCGCACAUUGUAUCAAUUGACGAAAGACUGAUUAAUGUAUGAACGUGGCUUAGGUAUGUAAUGGGAAAAAUUUACUUAGAAAUCACCUUUUAGGCGGAUAUCAAAGUUAGGAGUAAGCAAAAUUCAUAGACAAAUUUUAUUACCACCAGUUUAAUCCUACAGAACUUUGUAUUGCUAUCAGCGUUCUUAAGGAAUAUGAAUGAGUUGGUUAUGAGUCUAAAUACUCUUUGUUAUCUAUUAUUGCCUUAUAAUGAAAUUCACCUAUACCAGAAGUAAGAUAAUACUCAUUUAACAAUAAACAAUGUGCCAAUGUGUUUUUUCUAAUAAAUAAAAUGAAAUAAUGUUUUUAUAUGGAAUCUGUAUCUUGUCUAUAUAUAUUUAGUUCCCCAUAUUACAUAAUAGAAAAAUAGUUUUCUCUAAUUCAAUAGUUAUAAAGAGUUGUUGUUAUUUUGUAGAAAAUGAAUUAGAUUUUUAGUAGGUAGUUUGUAACUAUUUAUUAUACUAAACAAGCUGUUCGGUACUAAAAAAUUGAGACACGAUAUUAUUCAUAUCCCUGAACUUGCUUUAAUUAAAUUCGCGAUGAUUAAGUCUGGACAUUAAAAAUUAAUUAAACAAAUUGAUACCUUUGAAACCACUUAAACGAUUUCGAUUAAUGCCGAAAUUGGUGGAACAUUUGAAAAAAAAGAUAAAAUCAGUAUAUUAUUAAUACUUUUUAUAAAUUUUUAGUACCGAUUAGUUGUAGCUACUUUAUUACAAUAAAUAGAACUUGGUAGUAUAGUAAACGGCCUAUCAGACAUAUAAUCUGUACAAUAAACGCUGUUACAACAUGUUAAGUUUAAGUAAAUAUAUGCUGCUGUUUUAUAAUA